AGGGAUGCGAGGAAUCCCGCGGGAGCAGCAGCCGGCGCGGAGUGAAGGUAGCGGCGUGUCGUGUAGGUGUUAGAGGAAGUGAGUAGGAGGAGGGUGAUUUCGGUGGCGAGGUGCGCGAGGAUGGCCGGCUGGCGACGUGUAGCGCUGAUCAGCGACGUAGAUGCUGCUGCGCGUCCCGACGUCGAUCGACACGACGUGACGGCCACGUGCCGCAGCGGACGCGUCGUCGUUGACCAGUGGCAUUAACUCUCCCCCUCUUCUUGGUGUGUGCCGAGUGAUUGCGUGCCGAGUAUGCCGUAACCGCAGCGUCGUGGAACACGCGAUCGGUGUGUAUACUCGCCGUCUAUAUUUCGAGGUUUUCUUUUUUUUUCACGUAUAAACAGAGCGAAGACGCGCGCUCGCGUAUGUUUGACGCGACGCGAAAAUCUACGAAAGUGAAUUAUAUGUACAUACUUGGCGCGGGGUGUGACUGACGAAUCGAAUUGACAGAGAGCACUCGAGGAGAGGAUUCCUCGCCAAAGUUUUCCACAGCUCGUCGCGGAAGGACGCGAACAGGUGGCCGUCAUUUCUUUACGUGUAGGAUAAUGCGCGAAAGAUUUUUCUCGUGUGACUAAAAAGGAAUCUGCGCGAGUUUGAAUUAGGAGCGAUAGUAAAAGUGAUCGCGCGUAACGCGAGAAAAAAAAAUUUGAAACGUCCGUCACGGUACCUUCCGUCCGAUGUGUACGCGGCAAUAACACGUGCUUCGUUCUCCUCGUUCAUGUCGAAAUAUACUCGUUCCUCUAAUGUGCAGUGAUAACGUAACGUUCCUUCGCAGUGAUCGUUUAUGACAGAAGAAUCAAGCAGUAUCGUCGGCAUUUUCAGAGUGGAAAUUUUGAAAGUGCGAUUUUUUAACGCUAUUUCAAGACUCGAGAGUUUGACAGAUGUUUCGAAGAAGCGCGGGAUAGCGAAUAGCACGCGGUACGGCUGACAAAGGUCACGUUUCAAACUUUGUCGUUCAAAGUCGAGAGAGAGAGAGAGAGAGAGAAAGAUAGAAAGCGGAGGGAAAACUCGGAAGAAAAGCAAGAGAGAAAUAGAAAGAGAGAUAUUAUAUGACUACCGAAAGCGAGGCAGAAAGAAAGAAGAAAGGGAAAGCUAAAUAGAGAGAGAGAAGGAACGCUCUUCGUAGUCCGAUCCAAAUCCCAGCGGAAGUUCGCGGCGAGGGUGAAGAGCGCGGUGGAGGGGGGAGUGAUGCCGGCGGUGAGCGUGGCACAGCGCCCUCCAGGUGGAAUCCCACUCCACGCCGGCGUGCCGGUAGCGCCCAGCAGCGUAACCGCUCCCGGUCCGUCGGGCCGGUGCCUCGGGGGCCCGGCAGCACCCCCCGCCGGCUCGCCACCGCUGCCACCGUCUCUGCAAUCCCUCGGCGGCGGCGUGGCCGCGAACAGCAACGUCAACCACGGUAACAGCAACAAUAACAAUCCGCUCGGUGGCGGCAAUCCCAAUAACAUUGUCAACAGCAACCAUCAUCAUCUUGGCAACAACGCUCUAGGCAUCAACACGGCGAGCGGCGCCACGAAUCCUCUCCAGGCGAUGGCGUCGGCGGCGGCAUCGCUCACGCAGCUCAACAAUAUGGCGAACGGCCCGUUGCCGCCGCUCGCGGGCACGGGCCCGGGGGGCCCGCCGAGUCUGCCGCCGCCGCAGCCGGCAACGACGCCGACGCACGGCGGUCCGCCGACCCCUCAUGGCGGUGUCAACGCGGCACCCCAUCUCAACGGCGCCUCGCCGAGUCCCCAUCCGAUGCCCCCUCACGGCAUGAUGAGCGGCUCGCCCCAUACCCCUCACCCUCACAUGGGGGGCGGCGGACCCUCGCCUCAUCCCCAUCAUCCGGGACCCCACAUGGUCAGUUCGCCGCAUCAUCCAGCGGCGCCCCAUCCGAUGGGCCCGGCCGGCAUGAUGGGGCCGGUCGGCAUGCAGCCUCAAGGCGCGCCCGGUAUGUGCGGCCCAGGCCCUAGCGGCCCGAUGGGACCGCAUCCUCAGGGACCAGGGGUACCUGGACAACCACACAUGCACAACGAUCCCUUCUUCUGCUCGCCCUUCGGAUCGCAUUACUUCAGAUCGUUGCCUGUCCCCAGGAGGCAUACUCCAGCCUAUGGCUACAGCCAACCGGACUACAGGCUCCACGAGCUGAACAAGAGGUUAUCGCAGCGCACCGAGGAAAGUGACAACCUUUGGUGGGAGGCCUUCGCGAACGAGUUUUUCGAAGAGGACGCCACCCUUACCCUUCAUGUCUGCUUGGAAGACGGACCGAAGAGAUAUUCGAUAGGAAGGACGUUAAUACCUAGGUACUUCCGUUCGAUAUUCGAUGGCGGUGUUAUAGAACUUUACUAUACUUUGAAGAAUCAGAAGGAGUCGUUUCAUAACACCAGUAUAACCCUGGACUGUGAUCAGUGCACAAUGGUCACGCAAUAUGGGAAACCGAUGUAUACUAAGGUAUUAACGGAAGGUAGGUUAAUAUUGGAGUUCACCUUUGAUGACCUCAUGAGGAUAAAGUCGUGGCAUAUGUCAGUGAGAACGCAUCGAGAAUUGGUGCCGAGAUCUGUUGUCAGUAUGCAGCAGGACCCAACGAUGCUCGAGCAGAUCAGUAAAAACAUCACCAGGCAGGGCAUGUCGAACUUCACCCUCAAUUAUCUUAGAUUAUGCGUGAUUCUGGAGCCGAUGCAGGAACUGAUGUCGAGGCACAAGGCGUAUGCAUUGUCACCUCGCGAUUGCUUGAAGACAACCUUGUUCCAGAAAUGGCAGAGGAUAGUUGCCCCGCCGGGUAAGAGAGAAUCCCAGCGGCCAGCUAGCAAAAGAAGAAAGCGAAAGGGCAGUACAUCGGGACCGGGCAAUAAUGCGCCACCCGCCCCCAGCAAAAAGCGUUCGCCAGGGCCAAAUUUUUCUUUAGCGUCGCAGGAUGUGAUGGUCGUGGGUGAACCAUCUUUGAUGGGUGGCGAGUUUGGAGAUGAGGAUGAACGACUAAUAACGAGGCUGGAGAACACGCAAUAUGAUGCCGCAAACAAUUUGGAUCCUCAUAGUCACGACGCGGCCGGCGGUCCACCGCCGCAUCCCCAUCAGUUCCAUUCGGAACCGACACCUGGCAAUUCUUGGCCGCCAGAUCGCGGUCCUGGUCCUCCACAAGGUGGUCCCGGUAACCAGGGAGUCCAGGGUGGUCAAGCGGGUGCAGCCGCGGGUGUACAGGGAACGCAGGACGCCAGUCAGCAGCAGCAAGACAAAAAAAGCCCCGCGGUGAGCCAGUGAGGCCAGGAGUCCCCGCGCCCCCCCACCAGGGGGCGACGGGGGCGCAGGCCCAAGAACGUGGCUCCCUAGCGGGGCG